AUGAGCGAACCGAUAACCCCUGAGGAACAGAAUGCUCUGUUACAAGACUCAAUCAAUGUCAUCAAGCAAGAGACUGCUCAAAUGAAGAGAUCUUUAGAGACCAGAGGCAAACUAAUGGAUGCCUUGAAACAUGCCUCUUUAUUCCUAACAGAACUGAGAACUUCCCAAUUGACCCCAAAACAAUACUAUGAAUUAUACAUGAUGGUUUUCGAUUCAUUAAAUUUAUUGGCAAAUUUCCUUAAGGAUAACCAUCCGCAUCAUCAUUUAGCUGAUCUAUACGAAUUGGUCCAAUACGCUGGUAAUAUUGUCCCAAGAUUAUAUUUGAUGAUCACUGUGGGUACUGUUUAUAUGUCUGUUCCUGAUGCUCCUGUGAAGGAGAUAAUGAAGGAUAUGAUUGAAAUGUGUCGAGGUGUUCAAUAUCCAAUCAGAGGGUUGUUUUUAAGAUAUUAUUUAUCUCAAAGAGCGAAAAGUUUAUUGCCUGAGAAUCAAGAUUCGAUACAAUUUGUCAUUACAAAUUUCAUAGAGAUGAAUAAAUUAUGGGUUAGAUUACAACAUCAAGGUCCAUCAAAAGAAAGAUUGAAAAGGGUUAAAGAAAGAGAAGAAUUGAAAAUCCUAGUGGGUUCAAAUUUGGUUAGAUUAUCUCAAUUACAAAAUGAUAAAGAGGAUUAUAAAACAUCUGUUUUGCCAGCUAUUUUGGAACAAAUUGUUCAAUGUAAAGAUGUAUUGGCUCAAGAGUAUUUAUUAGAUGUUGUUAUUCAAGUCUUUCCUGAUGAAUUCCAUCUAUACACAUUGGAUGAAUACUUGAAUUGUAUUAAAGAUUUAAAUCCAAAUGUUUCCAUUAAAAAAGUUUUAAUUACAUUGAUUGAUAGAUUAACAGAUUUUGCCAAACAAACAUCUGAGGUACCAAAAGAAGAGAAAAAAAUAAAUCUUUUUGAAACUUUUUGGUAUUAUGUUAAUCAAUUGGAACAAUCUAGAGAAUUAUCAAUUGAAGAAAUCAGUGGAUUAUUAGAAUCUGUUUCAAGAUUAACACUUACAUAUUAUCCAACAAAUUAUGGAAACAUUGACUUGAUUUUCAAAUUUGCCAUUGAUAAGAUUAAAGAAUUAUCAACAUCAUCAUCACAAGAACUUGAAACAGAUCAAAAUUUUAAAAGUUUAUUAUUAGCACCAAUAAACAAUUAUGAUAAUUUAUUAGAUAUUCUUAAAUUAAAGAAUUUUGGUGAUUUAUUAGAUUCAGAGCCUAUAAAGAUUCAAAAAAUUGUUAGUUUGGAAAUUUUAAACAAAAUUUUAAAUGCUGGUAUUAGAUUGAAAAAAAUUGAGCAUGUUGAUGGAAGUUUCAAAUUAUUAAGAGUCUUGAUUGAAAAUAAAGAGAAAACUACUGAAGAAUCUGUUGAAUUUAUAACUGAACAAGAAAAAUUGGCCAAAAUUAUUCAUUUGAUUGGUAAUAAAGAUACAACCAUUCAUGCUAAAUUAUUAGCAAAUGCUAAAGGAGCAUUAAGUAAAGGAAAUAUUAAACAUACUUAUCCUGCAUUAUUUUUCAAUACUUUAAAAUUAAUUAGAAAGAACAAAUUAAAAGAAAAUCAAAAUAGUUUAUUCAAAUUCAUUUCACGUGUUAUCAAUGAUUUAUACAGAAUUGGAUUGAAUGAUCAAAGUUUUAAAUUAUAUUUAGCAAGUGCAUCAAUUGCAGACCAAGUUCAAGCUGAAGAAAUUGCUUAUGAAUUCUUUGCACAAGCUUUCACAAUAUAUGAAGAAGCCAUAAGUGAUUCAAGAUUACAGUUCCAAAGUAUUGUCUCCAUUGCUGGUGUUUUACAACAAUGCAGAAAUUUCUCUAGAGAAAACUAUGAUACUUUAAUCACCAAGACUGCACUACAUGGUUCAAAACUAUUGAAAAAACCUGAUCAAUGUCGUUCUGUUUAUUUAUCCUCGCAUCUUUGGUGGGGUGUUGAAAUACCUGCAUUGGGCGAAGAAGAAGGUGUUAGUGAAUUUUAUAGAGAUGGGAAAAGAGUUUUAGAAUGUCUUCAAAGAUCAUUACGUGUUGCUGAUGCGUGUAUGGAUUCCUCCGUGUCCAUUGAACUGUUUGUUGAGAUCCUGAACAGAUGCUUGUAUUAUUUCAUUCACGGGAAUGAAUCAAUCACCAUCAAGUAUAUAAAUGGAUUGAUUGAAUUGAUUCAAACCAAUUUAGAAUCAUCCGUGACUAAUGAAAAUGGACAGAUCAAUGAGAACCCAAAGAAGCAUUUUCAAAGAACGUUGGAAUAUAUUGAAUCGCAAAAGGAGAUUGACGAGAGAUUCCAAUUGAUAACGUGGUAA